AUGAUCCAUCAGCCGACUCCACCUUCUCCGUCUGCUUCGUCUCUUCGUCCCCUCGGAUCCCCUUCCUCCCCGCCAACAGCCAGCCUAACCUCUCUCCGCGAACUCGACCGCCAGCAGGCCGUCGAGCAGGAACGCGAGCGCUUCAACACUCCCCUGCCGCGCAGACGCCGCCCAGGAAUCGUCCGGGAACUCUCAGACCCAGGCUCGACUUCAUCAGUUGGCGACAGCAUGUUUGGAGGACAAGGGAACGGCGCAGCUGGACACGGCCAGCAGUCGUACGCUUCGAUGGUCUCGGCUGGACUCGAACGGCCUCAGCUCGGUAACGGCGCAGGAGGAGGGGCCGGAGCGGGUCCUGCUGGCGGAGGUCCCGGUGGAGUCGCCUCGCCAACGUCGCUACCACGCCCGAAACAGCUCGUCUACACUUUCCCCUCUCCACCGCCCGACACCGCCGACCUCCUCAGCGAGCUCGAAGAGUUCUACAGCUACGUCGAGAUCCCGCAGGUGCUGGAGCACAUGGAGAGCUGGAAGACGAGCGACGAAGGGUGGAAGGGAGAGCAGGAGUUCACCAAGUCUCCUCCUGCGGCUCAACAAGCGUACAUCUCGACCCUCCUCACCACUCUGCUCUCCUCCUCCUCUUCGCACACGACUCGCCAUACCGCCGCUCGCCAUCUCCUCCACAUCGCGCACGGCACCUUCUCUCCCACGACCUCGACGUCGCCCGAACACCACCUCCACCUCGUCCUGACGAAUUGCCGGGUCUUGCGGGAGGCCGGCGCGCUGGGCAGAGUCUGGGAGGCGCUCAAGCGAACUGGACGAGAAUGGGAAGACAUCUCGAGCCUUGUUCUCGGCGGCGGUGUAGGCGGACCUGCCGCCACCGGCGGACGCGCCGACGACGGAACGAGCGACGAGGAAGAAGCUGAAGGACAUGGCGGACCUGGCGAAGGCGAGGAAUCCGAUGCACACGCCCUUCAUCGCGUCCAACUCCGUCCGGUACCGCGUCCUCGACCGCCAAAGAUCCGCCUCAGUCCGCCCGCGCGAACGCAGGAAGAGCGCGAGUCGGACGAACGGCGGGAGAAAGAGAGGCAGGACAGGCUGGACGAGAUCAAUGCCGAAUUGGCGAUCUUGCUUGCGGUGCUCUACUUUAUGGUCGAGUGCGCAAGGGGCGACGACAAGUGGGGUGAGGAGCUGAUGGCUCUCGAUCCACCGAUGCCGGUCUACCUCUACAACCAGGUCGCCGGUCUUCGCGAGAAGAACGCGAAGGGCUACCCCGUCAAGAAGCUCCUCCUAUUGCUGUGGAAGUCGAUGCUCUGCACGCUUGGCGGAUUGAAGGAUGUCGCGCGGGUGAAGACGCUCGUUCGCGAGGUUGAGGGCUUGCCAAAGGACGAGCCGGGUGAUAGGCCUGACUACCGACCGUGGACGAAGGCUACUCCGCCAGACCUCCUCGCUUUCCGCAACGAGACGCUCGCCAAGUACCCCUCUUACACUCCUCCACCAGCCGGCUCGCUCCUCCCUCUCCCUCCUCCUCUCCAAGCUCUCUCGAACAACCCGACAACCCUCGACCGCCUCUCGGCCGCCGCUGCACCCGUUCCCGUCCGCCCGACUUUCUCCUACCACAUCAACGCCAAUCACGACCCGAGCUUGCCGUCAAACCUCCCGCCUCCCCCACCUGCUGCUUGGCCCGUUCAGCCGCCAACGCCGGCGCCUAGUCCGCCUCCGCAGCUCAACGGUCCGUUCGGCGGCCUGCAGCAGCAGUCCCCGCAACAGCAGCAACAAGGUCAGCAGCAGAACGGCCAACAGAACGGCCAACUCGCGAACGGUCCCGUCCCAGGCAAACCGAAGAAGCAGCAGUUCCAGACGGACCAGACUCGACCUUUCCCCCUUCCUUUCGCUCCCGCCAACGCCAAGCGCGGUCGAGCCGUUCCUCGUGCGGUGGAAGAGGCGGGCGAGCUGUAUCGCCGGAACUUGCGGGUCAGUACCGAGUUGUGGCAGGCCUGGAAGGUGAGGGAGGAGUUCAGGGGUGAGGAGAUGGGCUUGACGCGCGCUGAGCAGGUAGAGCGCGAGGCCGUGGUGAAGGAGGAGGAGAGACGGAGGAAGGCGGCGAAGGAGCAGGAGAACAAGGAGACGAAGGAGGGCAGGGAGAUGAGGCGCAAAGCGAUGGCGCUCGGGCGAAGGCUGGAAGAGCUGGCGACGGGGUCGGCCGAGUCGAAGUCGCGGACGAAGGCGCACAGCACGCUCUCCGAUGGGUCUGGCGGCAUCGACUCGCCGGUCACGGACGACGUUGCGGUCGCGAGUGAUGACGAAGACGAGGACGACGACCCGAUGGACCCGCUGACGGUUUUGCGAAAUCUGGCGCGGAGCAUCAAGAAGGAGAUCGAGAUUGAGCCGGACGAGAAGAAGCGGAAGGAGCUUGAGGAGCGCCGCCUGGAUGUCAAGCGGCUCGAGCGGGUCGAGAUCCUCUACCGCCAGACGCUGCCGCAUCUCCAAAGCGCCGUCAUCGUCCUCCUCAAGCUGCUCCUCGCGACUGUCACGGCGAACCAGAACUUGUCGAAUCCGAACCAGAAUGCACCCGAGCCUACCUCGAGCGACCCGUCACCCGAUCUCAGUCUUGAAGACAUCGACAUCCUGCGGCAUCGCGAGAUCACGUCCAAGGCGGUUUCGGCGAUUCUUAUCCUCACGCUCAAGUGGUUCAAGGCGUCUCACGUCAUGAAAUUCCACUACUUCUCGCAGCUCCUCGUCGACUCGAACUGCCUCCUCCUCAUCCUCAAGAUGUUCGGCAUGCAGGAGGUCUCGACGCUCGUGCGCAUCAAGCACGAGAAGCCCGACUGCAACUUCUUCAAGUUCUGCAAUGACCACAUCAACCCUUCUUCCGCCUCGCCGCGACCAGAAGACGCCAUGCUGUCCCUUCCACCGCCCGGCAAUCGUCCUCGCUCGCCGUCGUCCUCAUCUUCCACCGACUCGAAUGUGAAUGGCCCCGCCGUCAGUGCUCACGGCGCCGAAGGUGAAGACGUCGAAAUCAUCUCCGACUACUCGUGGCGCAAUUUCUUCUCGACGAUCAACUUCGUUCACAUCUUGCAGAAGUUGACGAAGCGCAAGACGCACCGCGUGCUGCUGAUGGUUCAGUACAAGAGCUCGGCUAUCCUCAAGCGCAUUCUCAAGGUCGCCCAUUCGACGCUUCAGCUAUACGUCCUCAAGGUCAUCAAGAGCCAGGUGCCUUACUGUGGGCGAAAGUGGCGGCAAUCGAGCAUGAAGGUCAUCACCGCGAUCUAUCUGCACUGUCGACCUGACUUGCGAGACGAGUGGCUCGCCGGCAUCGACGUCGACACGGACGUCGAAGAGUCGCUGCCUCACGAGCAAGCGCUCCGCUCGCUGGUUCGGUUCUUCAACACGAAGCACUACAGCAAGCACGCUCCCGGCCUGCACCGUCGCUCGUCGUCCAUCCCCGAGAACGCCAACGACCCGUCACCCGACUUCAACCCGGGACCGGUUGCCUCUGUUCCUCUCCCGCCUCUCUCGCCUCAUGGCCCGCCUCCCGAUCCGUCUGCCCUCGACGACGUCUUCCCUCCUCCACGAGCCCUGUCGUCUAUCGACGUCGAUGCGACGGUACCGCUUCAGCUGGCGUAUGGCGCGAUCGACCCGAACGACGACUUGUCCGGUUACGAGGUGGACGACCUCCUUGCUGCAGGUGGCGACCCCUCUCACGGCUCUCGCGCAGCCGAAGACGCCAAUGGAGCAUCCGCUUAUACGCCCAGCGGGAGUGUCGGUUUGCCCGGCACGAGCACGCCCAUCGCGCCAAACUCGCAGCCGAACUCCGGACCAGCGAUUCAGGUCGAUCACGACGAAUUGCUGGAUUGGCUCAACGAUCCGCUUGGAGCCUCCGAUGCAGCGUGGGAGCGUCUCGGUCUCGAAGGUUACGACGGCGAAUGGGACGAUGUCUCCGAUUCGGAGAGUGUCGGCGGUUGGGGCUUCAUGCGUUUCGGACUCGACGAGCCCGGAGCGACGGGCACGCUGGCGGACGAUGGCGGUGAGGUGCUGAACGAGCAGGCGAUGCGGCACGAGUGGGAGCACAUCUCACCUGAAACGAUCUCCGCGCUCGAGGAGGAGCGUGUCGCUUCACGCGUCCCCAACUCGCCUCGCCCUUCGCGCCGUCGCUCGAGCACCGGCCCCAUCUCGCCCGCUCUCCGACCCGUCAUCUUCGACCGCGACGACGAUGGCACUUGUGGACCGUCCGACAACAGCGCGUUGCAGGAAGGCGAUGAGGAGGGUCCGGUGCCGACUGUGCCGCACGAGGGACCUGCCAUCGACGAGGUCGAGCUGAUCUUCAACCGGUGA